GAGAAAAAAAAUCGCGCCCGACGCGACGCCGCCACCCACACCCCCGUCGCUCGCUCGCACCUCACCUCCACCGCCACCGCCAUAGCCACAGCCACACUCGGAGGCGCCAAUCCGAGUCGAGCCCCGGGGGUUCCGGCAGCCGUCUCGUCGAAUCCGCCGCUGAGGCGGCCGCCGCCUCGAUCCGGGCCUCGAGGGGGGGCCAGAGUUAGGGUUUUUUAUUUAUGCAUGGCUUCGUCCCCUCCUGGCGGCAGCGCCGGCGGGGAGGAGCCCGCGGCGAGCCCUGCGCCGCUGGCCGCGGCGGAGGAGGCGCCUGAGGAGCCGGUGACGUCGCGGUGGGCGCCGGAGAUUAGGGUGUACAGGCGGAAGCACCCGCGGAAAAACCCUAAACCCCCUCCGAACCCUAGCCCUAAUUCCAGCCCCCUCGCGCAAACCCUAGCCUCGAUUCGGAGGUCGAUUCGCCGCCCGGAGGAUGCGUCCCGGCCCGAUCCGGCCGCCCCGGAGUCCUCUUCCCCUCGGCCGCGCGCCCCGGCGCCCGCCGCUGCCGCCUCCGACGGCGUCUCCGCGGGGCCUAACCGGGACGGCGGGGCCGUUCCCAACGGCCAUGGAGACGGCCGGGCGGCGGCCGAAGAGAAGGCGCGGAAGCGCAGGGCACGGAGCGAGCUGCGGCGGCAGCUUGCGUCGGAGCUUGACCAGGUGCGUGGGCUUUCCAAGCGGCUGAAGGCGGCUGCUGAGGCCAUGGCGGCCGAGUCUGCAGUGGCCCUUGCUUUGCCUGUGGUGGUGCCACCGCCUCAGCUGCCUGCUGGGUAUGCGCACUCGCAGUUCACACUCGCCGAUCCUGUGACGCCUAUACCUAGUCAAGUUGCUGUUGCUCCGGUUCGCUCAGUGCUGCAGCGUGGGCCACUAACGGUGUCAGUGACUCACACAGAAUCCUUCGAGAAGGAGAAGAGGACACCAAAGGCAAAUCAGUUGUACCAAAAUUCAGAGUUUUUGCUUGCAAAGGAUAAGUUUCCACCUGCGGAUUCACAUGGUCGUAAAAAACCCAAGCAUCACAAGAAGAAGCAUCGUUCCUUUGCGUCUCAUGGUGCUGGUUAUGAUGCUGAGCAGAGGCUAUACUCUCAUGCUUUUAAGAAAUCUCUGUCACUGCUUUCUAGGCUAAUGAAGCACAAAUUUGGUUGGGUAUUUAACAAGCCUGUAGAUGCUGUUGCUCUUGGUUUGCAUGAUUAUUUUGCUAUUAUUAAGCACCCAAUGGAUCUUGGCACGAUAAAGACCCGUCUCACACAUGGUCAGUACAGGAACCCAAGGGAGUUUGCUGAUGAUGUACGGCUAACGUUCCAUAAUGCCAUGACAUAUAAUCCCAAGGGGCAGGAUGUGCACUUCAUGGCCGAGCAGUUGGCAGGAAUCUUUGAGGCACAAUGGCCUGAAAUUGAGGCUGAGGUUCAGUACCUUGCCUCAUGUCCGCCGUUACCAAAUAAGUUUCCGCCUCCACCAAUUGACGUGCGCUUCCUUGAGCGAUCGGAUUCUGUUAAACACCAUAUGGCAUUGGACUCCAAGUCAAGGCCAAUGAGUCAUACUCCCACAUAUAGUGCCAGGACUCCGUCAAUGAAGAAACCGAAGGCAAAGGAUCCGGAUAAGAGAGAUAUGACAAUAGAUGAGAAGCGGAAACUUAGUAACAACCUUCAGAAUUUGCCCCCGGAGAAGCUUGAUGUUGUUGUGCAGAUCAUUAAGAACAAGAAUCUGUCUGUUAGGCAGCAUGACGAUGAGAUUGAGGUCGAGAUAGAUAGCAUGGAUACUGAGACGCUUUGGGAACUUGAUAGAUUCGUGGCCAACUACAAGAAGAACCUGAGCAAGCAAAAGAGGAAGGCUGAGCGUGCCAUGCUUGCAAGACAGGAUGCAGAGUUGCGUGCACAACAUGUUGCACCACAACAACCAUUUAUUGGAUUGCAGAGUCAAGAACCUAACAUUGGUGUAAAAUCUCCAAAGCAGAAUUUGACAGCAGAUGAGCAAUUAGCUACUUCUGUGCCAGAACAAAAUGAUAAUAACGGGCAAAAUGCAAGUAGGUCGAGCAGCUCUAGCAGUUCCAGCAGUGAUUCAGGAUCCUCCUCUAGUGACUCAGACAGUGAUAGCUCCUCUUCAGAUGGAUCAGAUGCCGCCAAUUCAUCUUGAAAUGUAGAAUCAGUACUUUAUCCAAUGAAGAAUAACUAUCUAAUUGUAUUUGGCAUGACAGUGCCUCAGCAAGACUCAAGACAUGGCUAUCUCCGUCUAUCUAGGAAUCUCCAAGUUGCAGCCAGGAUGUCAUUCAAAGGCAGGAUUCUGUAAAGGCCUGCUGAGCCUGAUACAAGUUCCAUUCUGCUGCAUCUGUGUACUUACGAGAUUGUAGGUUAACUUUGUACACUAGUCAUUUUCAUUUGUUUGGCAGCAGAGUGCAGCUGUAUUAUAUGCACCUUGGCAUUAUGGAUACCCCCAGCUGAAGGCAAGUAUUCACUAGGCUCAGAUCCUGGAGUGCAUCCAAUAAGACAGGCAUGCAUUGCUGACGCUGCUCUUAUCUGGCUAGGACUUCUGUAGUCUGUAGAUUAGCCACAGCUGGAGCAUUAUUUAUGUUUUGCUGCGUUGAUUACUUGAUUGCUGCAGUGAGUAGGAAGGUGAUUGUCUAACAGUUUGGUGACUCCACUCCUCUUGAAUACAGGUAAUGUUCUGACUAUUUAACCGCUCCACAUCAAACGUGGCUUGUUGAUGGUGUUGUAAAAUUUAGCCAGAUGAAGUCUGAUGAUUAACGUUGCUUAGUGCUGUCUUGUGUUGCCUGCGAUCCGGUCGAUGUCCUUUGUGAUGAUGGAUGCUUACUCUGAAUUGAUCACAUGUCAGAUCGUUUUGUGAAGGAGUAUUUCUUUUUUUUUUCUCCAACUUUUCCGUUGGGGCUGCCCCCCGUUAGCUUGUAUGUUGUCUGUAUCCUUGGACUUUAUCCAUUUAAGUUGGUAUUCGUUUUGGCUGGAAGCUUGAAAGAAGGUGCUUGUCAGUUACAAUAUGUUCCUUAUAUACUCCCCUGCGAGGUGAACCGAAUGUCUGUAUGGUUUCUUGCUCUCUUCCUACUUUGUAGGACGGGUAAAGUGCACAACUAAAUGGAUGUUGAUUUUAUCGGUCUGUUUAAGCCU